AGCUCUUUAUGACAACAGACAAAAAAUGAUAAUGAGAACAAAAGUUCUUUGUGAUGGAGUAUGCAAUCGCUUAGUAAAAUAUUGCAUGAAAAAAAAAUGUGAAACGCAGAUGGGAAAAACAAAAAAGUUGAAAGGCUCUGUAAAUUGUUUUAACACUUCGAGAAUUUUGUCAUAUUUUUUAUCUCCUAUAUAAAAUAUUUCGCAGAAGGAAGCCUAAACGAAAAUAAGAAAUAUAUUAACACAGUGGAGAAUUUAAAACAAAACAAAAAACAUUUGAAAGACCAAAAGAAUAUCAGAUUUACAGGAGAACGUAAAAAGACAACUAGUUGGAAUGUGGUAAAAGACAGAUAAGGUUUGAGUUUCGUUACGGGUUAAGUAUACGAUAAAACCCAGAAACGUUUUGACGGGAAAAGAUGGGUUCGCUUGGCAGCAUAAAAGAUAUAUUAUCGAUUAAAAUAAAAGUCCGACAUGAUAGCUACACAGAUCAAUUUUGUCGUAUCUUUAUGUCGAAAAUGUUCAUCAUCAGUGCGUUGGUGAUGGGUGUUGAUUUUUUUAACGAUAAAGUAUCAUGCAUUGUACCGAAAACAAGCAAUUUAGGUUCCGAUUUCGUCCAUAGCGCUUGCUGGAUACAAGGUUUUUAUAUUUACGCUGAGAUGUCUGAUCGAUUACAGGAAUCGGGCUACUAUGGUAUACCUAAAGAAAUCGAUUAUGAUGGGAUAGAUAAAUACGGAAGAUUGUGUUCCACUCAACAAAAAGGCUCAUAUCGACUAAAUUACAAUUGUGAAGCUAUGACGAAAGUAUUCUACCUGCAGUUUCAAUGGAUGCCCUUUUUUAUAGCCAGUCUCGCUUUAAUGCAAUAUUUUCCAUAUCUACUGUUUCGCAUCGUCAACACUGACAUUAUAAGCUUAAAGUCAAGUCUUAAAGGUGACAUAGAUACUGAGUCGAUUGUGAAGAACUAUUUUAACUACAAAAUAAAUUCAAAAUCUAAGAUGCGAAUUCGAAUCGUGAUGAAUAUUUUUAUCAAGGUCAUGUAUGUAUGCGUAUGCAUCAUCGGCUUCUGGUUGCUGGAUAAAGUACUGAACGGAAAUUAUUUUAGCUAUGGACCAAAUUGGAUAAAAUGGACCAAAUACAACAACAGCAUGUCGCAUGACAUCCGGAUACGAGACCAUGCAAAACCUGGUAAUGUUCUGUUGCCGCCUAUGGGAUUUUGCGAUGUCCACGAAAGUAUAAAAGACAAGAGAAUUACAUUUAAUAACGUCAACAAAUUUGUGUGUGAAAUCAGUCCCAACAUUCUCUAUCAAUACGUUCUUAUAAUUUUAUGGUUUCUUAUAGUAUUCAGCAUUAUCAUAAGCAUCAGCGGUUUGCUUAUUAGUUUAGUUGGCCACUUGGUGACAAUAACAUGCUUUUUACGUCACGAUAAUCCUGCACGCGAAAUUUAUCGAAUACUUACCUUUCGUGAAUGCGAAUACCUGGAGAUGGUGCGAAGACACAACAUUCCAGUAUUCGGUGAAAUAGUUCGCAAGCUGCAGACGCAACGCACUGAUUGUCUCACAACUAAAUCAUUUGAUAAUGAAACUGAACCUCUUAAGAAACAUCCAUUCGGUCAAUUAAAGAGGCAAGAUUUGUCAAUAUCAAACGGGCCGAAUGCGCCACUGCAAAGCAAUGAACAUUUUAUGUGAUCAUACAUUAAUUAAUAAUUGGGUUAAGUUAUGUUAUAUUUUUGUGGGCUUUAACGUUUAUAUGAAUAAUUUAUUUUUUUGUAAACCAGGACAUACAUAUUUAUUAAUGAAAAAUUGCACCUUUUUAUAAGCAUAUUUUAAGGCCAACAUCAACAGAAUCGAUUUCUAUUUAAAUCAAAAUAUCACCAAUGACAAUGACAUUACAAAAUGCGACAUCAAAUAAUACCAAGCAUCAAAGUAUAAAAUGAGGUUUACAUUAGAAAAAAUAAGCAUAUUGGGAAAUACACAAUGGAUACAAAAAUGGUGUAUCAACGAAACGUAGAAGACAGAAACUAAAGGAAAUCAUUAAUCAUUGACGCAAUGGUUUAAAAAUUGUAUUAAAAACGAUCCUCGAAAAAAAAAAAAUUUGAAUAUGCAGCGAACGAGGGUGGCCACAAAAAAAUAUCUAAGAAAAAAGAGGAUUUUAGAGGAUUUUAAAGGAUAUUCUGCACUGAAUUCAGAGAAGUUUUUUCGCAAAAAUAAAAAAUUUUGAAGAAAAAUAGAAGAUUUUAGAGGAUGAACUUUUUUUUAUGUCUUAGGUCUAUCAAUUUCUGAACAAAUACGUUUAGGAAAGUAUUACUUUCAGGAUAAAAGAUUUAAAAACAAUUGAAAUAAAGCUUGUGAUGAAAGACGUAUUGCUAAAAUGAAGGGUAGUUUAUAUCACUAUAACAAAUAUAAAAUAAUAGUGGAACUAUCAAACUAUUAUCAGUGUACCUGAAAAAAAAUAAAGGCGUUAAAGAGGAGAUUUGGUCAAUUUUCAAUUUUUUAAAGGACAAUAGAGGAUUUCAGUUUUUAAAAAAUGAGGACUUAAGAGGAGGUGUGGCCACCCUGUGAACUCUCAAUAUGUACAUUAACCUCUAGUUUUUACGAACUUUGCGUACAUCCCUUCAGAGUUCCUUAUAUCGAUAGUUCACUAGAUGUACAAUAUUUGUUAACUCGGUGUGAACUUGGAAGAACUUUUUGUUUCAAACAUUUUUAUUCUAGAAAAAUGAAACAAUUCCUAUCUUGGCAUCCAAACUCAGUGUGCAGAACCAUAGUUGAAAAUUUAUUUAAUAUAUAAGAAUAUUUGUGUAUUGCACUAAGUUUUUUGGGAUGUUUGUGAAGAUAAGUUAAAUAAUUUUAUGUACUGUAUAUGGAAACAUUUUGAAACAACUUUUAAAUGUAA